AUGGCUCCGUUCGGCGAGGGCGGCGGGGAGGGCAGCGGCGGCGGCGACGGCGACGACGCGCGGCGGGGGUGGGACCCGCUGCGCAGCGGCAGCGCGCCGCCGACCAUGGAGGGCGGUAACGCGGCGGCGGCGCUCGCAGCGGACGCGGUGUUCGGCGGGCCCGCUGCGGGGUCGUUCUUCUCCGGGGUGGACGGGCUAGGCGCUCGGCUCGACGAGGUCAGCAGGCGCCGCGGCGGCGUCCCGCAGGAUCGUUUUGGUCAUUCUGUAUCACAAUCUAUGAGACCACCAGGCCUCCUGUAUAAUGGCACAACAGAGUUGGAAGACAGGCAAUUCAGGCCGAAUAGAGUUGACAGUGUUGGUCCAUUGGCGAAUUACCCUACACUUGAUGUGUGUUCUCAUUGGUCUGAUACAGAUACAGACAGUGUUGAAUUUCGCAGACAUGUACAGAGUUGCUUUUUGUCAGACUCGGAGAAGAUGAAUCCUUAUGGCACUAGGGACCUUAAUGCUCCGUAUCUUUACGAGUCUGAUCUUUCAGAUGGUUUAUCUGGGCUGAGGCUGACAAAUAAUACCGUUAUUGAUGAAAGGAGUUAUGAGGAACAGCUACAAGAUGAAAUGCUCAAACGUCGGCAAGAUCUCUCCACUAAACUUCGUGAUGAUAAUCAAUGUCAUAUGGAUGGUAAUUUUUUACACACACCUAGGUCUGGGCGCAUGGACAUCCAUUCUCCGCUCAUGUAUGGUGACGGUAUUUUACGAAGGCAGGUCAGUGCCUUAGAUGGUUCCAAUGUUUCAAGGUUGAAUUUCCAUCGUAUCAAGGAUGUUGAUCAUUUACCUUUCGCUGAAGAGCUAGCUACUACGGGGUCAGACAACUUGCAUAGAGAUACUAAUCCUGUUCGCAAUGCAAAUAUGGCAAAUAUGAUCAACCCCAUGAGCAAUAGAUACAACAGUACAGACUUUGAGUUUGUCAGGAAUCGAUUCCUUAAUGAUGUUCUUGCCCAGCAAUAUCUGCAGGAUAGAAGUCUGUUUUACUCGGUAUCUGGUCCCGCUUAUAAAGAUGGCAGUAUCUAUCACGAGGACCCUCGUUUCCCCUACUUAAGAAUGCAACGAUCUCGAUCCCAUUUUCAACCAAACUCAAGGGACAUUCAAUCAGACCGUGGUCGGCAAUCAUCACGCUUUUUUCAUAGGAGAACGGCAACUGGUUUAAAUCUGGGAUCACAGGUCUAUCAUGACAAUUCAUUACUAAAACACCUAGAUUUGCCCUUGGAUAAUGUGGAUAAAAAUGGGGUGGAUUCAUUGGAGCUGAUCAAUGUAGUUGGCCAUGUUAAGGAAGUUAGUAUGGAUCAAUAUGGAAGUCGGUUUAUCCAACAAAAACUGGAUCAUGCAUCAGCUAGUGAUAGGGAGAAAAUCUUUCCAGAGAUAUUAUCCAAUACAGUUGCUCUAGCUACUGAUGUAUUUGGCAAUUAUGUUAUCCAGAAGUUUUUGGAGUUUGCUACUGAGAGCCAAUUAAUCCAAUUGUCAGAGCAACUCAAAGGUCACAUUUUGGACCUCAGCCUCCAGAUGUAUGGUUGUAGAGUGGUUCAGAAGGUUUUGGAGGUAUUUGAUAUGGACCAAAAGAUCAAUGUUGUUCAAGAGCUAAAAAAUUCUGUUUUGAAAUGCAUUGCUGAUCAAAAUGGUAACCAUGUAAUCCAGAAAUGCAUUGAGUGUGUUUCUGAAGAUCGCAUUCCAUUUGUUAUAGAGCCUAUUCUUUCAGAAAUAGUUGAUCUUUGUACCCAUCAGUAUGGCUGCAGAGUUAUUCAGAGAGUUUUGGAGCAUUGCCAUGAUCCAUCCACCCAAAGUGCAAUCAUGGAUAAAAUUGUACAAAACACCUCCUCUUUGACAGAUAAUAAAUUCGGGAACUAUGUUGUUCAACAUGUACUGGAACAUGGCAAGCCAGAAGAGCGUUCAUCCAUCAUUCAAAAGCUCUUUGGGCAAGUGGUCAACUUGAGCAAGCAGAAGUUUGCUUCUAGUGUCAUUGAGAAAUGUUUGACUUAUGGAACUCCUGAAGAACGUGAUGUCAUUAUUGGAGAGAUAAUUUCUUCUAGCCAAAUCUUUCAGGAAUUGAUGAAAGAUCAGUUUGGGAACUACGUUGUACAGAGAGUCCUUCAGACUUGUGAUGACAAGGACCUAGAUAUGAUCCUUUCAAGCAUCAAGUUGCACUUGAAUAAGCUCAUGAAUUACACUUACGGGAAGCAUAUUGUUGCACGUGUUGAGAAGCUACUUGUUACAGGAGAAAAACGAGCAAGGAUGGCGGCGUCUACGAGUUGUCAGAAUCAGCAGUCAACAAACUGUACAGAUGCUGAUGCAAAUAAGCACUUUUAA